AUUCACAACUCUUCUCAUUUUUCUAAAGGCAAAAAAAAAAAAAAAAUGGUCUUUCUCAAAAACAAUUACACUUUUCUCUGCAUGUUUUUGCUCUUGCCUACGCUAUGCUACAGCAAUAAUUAUGUUUCAAGGGCUGCCUAUUACAGUACCCAAGAUGGCAUGGGGACACCAAGGGGAGCGUGUGGCUAUGGAGACUAUGGCAAAGAUGCCAAUAAUGGGGAAGUUUGCGCAGCCUCCGAGCGGCUUUACAAAUAUGGAGCUGGCUGUGGAGCUUGUUACCAGGUAAAGUGCAGGGACAAGAAUUUGUGCAGUGAGGAGGGAACAAAGAUAAUGGUGACUGACCAUGGAGGAGGGCAUAGAACAGACUUCAUUCUCAGCAAAGCAGCCUAUGCUAAUCUUGCUAAGCAACCUAAUAUGGCUAAACAAUUGUUUGCUAAAGGAGUGGUUGAAAUAGAAUAUGGUAGAGUUUCUUGCAAAAUUGGAGGAAAUCUCAUGCUUAAAAUCAAUAAACAUAGCAAGUACCGUCACUAUCUCGCUAUAGUAGUUAUGAACCAAGGUGGUGCCACUGACAUUCUUGAUGUUGAAGUUUACGAGGAGGAAACAAAACAAUGGUUAUCAAUGAGGAGGGCUUAUGGAGCUGUGUUCGACCUGACAAGCCCACCAAGUGGUGAUCUUAACGUGAGAUUCCUCACAAGUGAUGGUAAUGAAAUCAAAUGGGUGCAGUCUAACAAGGCUGUAAUCCCUGCUGAAUGGAAAGCUGGGAUUACUAUUGAGACAGACAUUCAGCUCUCUUAGACCAAAAAAUAUAUAGAAGUAUGAUAUAACAUAUAUUUGUAUCUAAUGACUUAUUAGUGCUACUUGGUGAUGUCUCGGCAAUCAGUUUACCGAAUAAAUUUUAGAUUAGUCGCAUAUUAGGAAUAUAAUCACCCACAGUGUGCACAAGAUGCUUAAAUUGUUGCUACUUCGUUCUCUAAUAUAUAACAUAAUGUUGUUUGGUUUAACGAUCUUAUUGAGUUAUCAUGGCUUAUGUUU